GGUUUCAAACGCCAGUUUAGGACACCAGCUCUAGAGAUAUUACGAGCUGCAGAGUGAGGAUACUUGUCAUUUUUCUUUAGGUUGUGGGCGAGGUGUUUCUUUAAGAUGCCUGAACCUGCUAAGUCUGCUCCUGCCCCAAAGAAGGGCUCCAAAAAGGCGGUGACCAAGGCGCAGAAGAAGGAUGGCAAGAAGCGCAAGCGUAGUCGCAAGGAGAGUUAUUCCGUUUACGUGUACAAGGUGCUAAAGCAGGUCCACCCUGACACUGGCAUCUCAUCGAAAGCCAUGGGUAUCAUGAACUCCUUCGUCAACGAUAUCUUCGAGCGCAUUGCUGGGGAGGCUUCCCGCCUGGCGCAUUACAACAAGCGCUCCACCAUCACCUCCAGGGAGAUCCAGACUGCCGUGCGCCUGCUGCUGCCCGGGGAACUGGCCAAGCAUGCCGUGUCCGAGGGCACCAAGGCUGUCACCAAGUACACCAGCUCUAAGUAAUUCUAACGUCUUCAUACCCAAUCCCAAAGGCUCUUUUAAGAGCCACCCACUUUUUCAGCUAUAGAGUUGUAAUUACCUGCAUAUUUUCUGUGUUUACCAACAGAUUUGGUUUUAUCUUGAUUUGAAGGGUUUGCUGCUGUGUAGGUCUAGAGCACAGUUCUUUUGACUGCUUUAAGGCAAAAUGCUGUACUUAAUCUUAA